AUGGACCCAAGAAAGAAAGUUAAAGUUUAAUAAUAUGAAGAUGAGGAAGAAAUGGAAUAUGAUGAAAGAAAUGAUUAAUAAUAGGAUAUGUAAUUUAGAGAAUAGAAUAUUGAAUUAUUUGAUGAAAGACAAUUAAGAGAAAUGAUAUUUCAAUUUGAAAAUAAUUACAAACUAAACUCUGAUUUGAGAAUGAGAUAUCCAAAUCAACCUGAUAAAUUUAUAGAUUCUGAAGUUGAUUUAGAUGAAGAUUUAAGAAAACUCUUAAUCUUACCUGCAUAUCCUCAAUUAUAUCCAAUAUUUUAUAGUAGUAAUGCUAUUCAGAUUGUGAUAUAGUUGUUAUUACAUAAUAAUCUGUCUAUUUCAUAUGAUGUAAUUCAAUUUUUAAAGGAAUUGGUGGCUCCUGAUGGUGAAGUUGAACCUAAAAUAAUUCUUCAAUUAUAUGAUUGUCUUAUCAGAAAUUAUUUGAUUGAAUCAUUAGGAGAGUUGAUUGUAAAGAAUGAAGAGAAAACUUAAGAGGAAGUUAAUUUAUUACAUGAUUGUUUUGAAGUUAUUGAAAAUAUGGUAGACAUCAAAUCAUCAAUAAGUAAAGAGAUUGGUAUUCGUUCCAAGAUUAUUUAAUAUUUGGUGAAAAGAGUUGAAGAUAAUAGUCAAACUUUAGAUGAUAAUAGAUUAUAUGCUUCAGAAUUAUUAGUUAUACUUACUUAGUAGACAAAGGAAAAUUUGGAAAUCAUUGGUAGAAGUGGUGGAAUUGAAAGUUUACUGAUGGUCUUAAAUUAAUAUAGAAAAAAAGAUCCAGAAUCAGCAGAAGAGAAAGAAAUAUUAAAUAAUGUUUAUGAUUUACUUACAUUACUUUUAAUUUAAGAAGAAAAUUAAGAUUAUUUUUAAAGUUAUGAAGGACUUCAAUUAAUGAUCAAAAUUAUUCAAGGAAAGACCUCAUCUUCCAUAAGAGCUUAUAGUUUAAUCCUAUUGGCAAUUAAUAAUCAUAAAGAAAAUUGUUAGAAGUUAAUUUAAAUAGGAGGAUUAUCUAUUAUAUUUCCUAUUUUAGAACGUAAGGGAUUAAAACAUAAGGAUUAAAAUAAAUAGUUUGAAAUUGAUGAAACUACUGUUUAGAUUAUCAAAUAAUUGCUUAGAAGAAAUACUGAUAUUACUUUUAAAUAAAGAAUAUUUGAAAAAUGUGUUGAAAAAUUAGAGAGUCUUAAAAAACUUAGAAAUGAAUAUGUAGAGGUGAUUCCCUUGAUUGAUCCUGAAGAAUAUGAUAAUUUAGAUGAAAAUUAAUUAUAGAAAAUCUAUUUUGAUUUAUUGGGAAAGGGAUUAAUUGUUAUUGAGUCUAUCGAUGUCAUAUUAUUAGAAUUAAUUUAUAAAGAUUUAGAAGUGUAAAUAGAUAAAUAAGAAAUUAUAAGCUCAGUGAAAUAAAUGUUAAAAUACACUGGAGAAAAGGAAGAUAUUGAAUACUAUAACCCUCUUCUUUAGAAAUUUGAAGUAAAUCUAUAAUGA